CACAAAGGAAGCCCGCAGCAAAGACCUCUCAAGCCUGUCCAGGAAGCCUGCCUGCACCCGCUGUGUGAGGCAGAAUGGCACCCCCCACAGGUGCACUCACUUCAUUGCUGCUGCUGGUGACCUUUACAGGUUGUGCCUGGACACAGUGCAGUGAGGGGAGGACAUAUUCCAAUGCCAUCAUCUCUCCUAACUUGGAAACUAGCAAAAUCAUGCCGGUGCCUCAGACCACCCCCUUGGGGGACUGCACAUCCGCCUGCUGUGACCUACCCAGCUGCGACCUGGCUUGGUGGUUUGAGGGCCGCUGCUACCUGGUGAGCUGCCCGCACAAAGAGAGCUGCGAGCCCAAGAAGAUGGGUUCCAUCAGGUCUUACCUGACCUUUGUGCUCAGGCCCGCCCAGAGGCCCGCACCGCUGCUACACUACGGGGAGGUGAUGCUGAACAGGGGCGCCCCGUCGGGAAUCUGGGGGGACUUACCUGAGGAUAUCAGAAAGGACCUGCCCUUCCUGGGCAAAGAUCGGGGCCUGGACAUGUCUGAGUACUCAGAUGACUACAGGGAGCUGGAGCAGAACCUCUUCCAGCCUGUCAGCAAGCAGGAGCCCCGGGGCAGUGCAGAGUACAGGGACUGGGGCUUGCUGCCCGGAGGUGACGGAGGUUUCAACUCCUCUGCUGGAGACAGCCUCGCAGCACCAGCGGAGAAGCAGCUGGAGGACCCAGAGCUCCAUAAGCCAAAUGAGUCAGCAUGGACCCCGGCCCCGAAAACCUCUCCAGAGAGGUUGUUGCUUCCUUUGGUCACUGCCCCACCUCCAGGAGAAGAACUGGAGAGAGAGACUUCUCAGCUCCACGGGCAAGCUGGCAACAGCUCUGGGAAAGAGGUCCUAAUGCCAUCCCAUGAUCCUCCUCCAGCCAGCCUGGAGGUCAGCCCCACCACUGUGGAGAAGAGCCUGGUUCUCACAGUCACCCCGUGGAGCACAGAGCAUAGCAUUCCAACCCUUCCCACCAGCACCAUCCCAUCUGAGCAGCUCAGAUCUGCUCCCACUGCUCCCAGGACAGUGAAACAGCUCAUGGUGUCUGCUGGCCAGAACCUAGUCAUAACUUCACCAGCAGAUGAAGUUGAACUGAAGGCUUCUGUUGUGCCAGCGCCACCUGCAGAAACAACUUACAGCUAUGAAUGGAGUUUAAUAAGCCACCCUGAAGACUACCAAGGAGAAAUAAAACAGAGACACACGCAGGCUCUUAAUGUCUCUCAAUUGUCAGUAGGACGUUAUGCCUUCAAAGUAGCGGUUUCUGGUGAAAAUGCCUUUGGAGAGGGAUUUGUAAAUGUCACCGUGAAGCCAGCCGGAAGAGUCAACCUGCCUCCCACGGCAAUCGCUUCUCCCGAGAGACAGGAGCUCUCCCUGCCAUUGACAGUGGCUCUCAUCGACGGCAGCCAAAGUACAGAUGAUACUAAAAUCGUGAGUUAUCACUGGGAAGAAGUUAAUGGGCCCUCCCGAGAAGAGAAGACCUCAGCUGAUUCCGCGGUCUUACAUCUGUCUAACCUUGUUCCUGGGAACUAUACUUUCAGGUUGACUGUUACAGACUCAGAUGGAGCCACUAACUCCACAACGGCAGCCCUAAUAGUCAGCAGCGCUGUGGACUACCCACCAGUUGCCAAUGCGGGACCAAAUCAGACUAUAACUUUGCCCCAAAACUCCAUCACUUUGAAUGGAAACCAGAGCAGUGAUGAUCACCAGAUUGUCCUCUAUGAGUGGUCCCUGGUGCCUGGGAGUGAGAACCAAGAGGUGGCUAUGCAGGGAGUAAAGACACCAUACCUUCAUUUGUCUGCAAUGGAGGAAGGAGAUUAUACGUUUCAGCUGAUGGUGACAGACUCUUCGAAGCAACAGUCCACGGCUGUGGUCACCGUGACUGUCCAGCCUGAAAACAACAGGCCUCCGGUGGCUGUGGCCGGCCCAGAUAAGGAGCUGAUCCUCCCAGUGGAAAGCACCACCCUGGAUGGGAGCAGGAGCAGCGAUGACCACGGCAUUGUCUUCUACCGCUGGGAGCGUGUCAGAGGCCCCAGCACAGUGGAGAUGGAAAACUUCGACAAAGCUAUAGCCACAGUAAGCGGUCUUCAGGUGGGUACCUACCACUUCCGUUUAACAGUGAAAGACCAGCAGGGAUUGAGCAGCACGACCACCCUCACCGUGGCCGUGAAGAAGGAAAAUAAUAGUCCUCCCAGAGCCCAGGCUGGUGGCAGACAUGUUCUUGUGCUUCCCAAUAACUCCAUUACUUUGGAUGGUUCAAGGUCUACUGAUGACCAAGGAAUUGUGUCCUAUCUGUGGAUCCGGGACAGCCAGAGUCCAGCAGCUGGAGAUGUCAUCGAUGGCUCUGACCACAGCUCGGCCCUGCAGCUCACCAACCUGGUGGAGGGCGUCUACACUUUCCGCCUGCGAGUUGCUGAUGGUCAGGGGGCCUCAGACACGGACACCGCCACAGUGGAAGUGCGGCCAGACCCAAAGAAGGGCGGCCUGGUGGAGCUGAUCCUGCAGGUCGGCGUUGGGCGGCUGACGGAGCAGCACAAGGACACCCUCGUGAGGCAGCUGGCGGCGCUGCUGAACGUGCUGGACUCAGACAUCAGGGUUCAGAAGAUUCAGGCCCACUCAGACCUCAGCACCGUGAUUGUGUUUUACGUACAGACUGGGCCACCUUUCAAGGUCCUCAAAGCUGCCGAAGUGGCCCGAAAUCUACACAGGCGGCUCUCAAAGGAAAAGGCUGAUUUCUUGCUUUUCAAAGUCUUAAGGAUUGACACAGCAGGAUGCCUUCUGAAGUGUUCUGGCCAUGGUCACUGUGAUCCCAUCACAAAGCGCUGUAUUUGCUCCCAGCUGUGGAUGGAGAACCUGAUCCAGCGUUACAUCCGGGAUGGGGAAAGCAACUGUGAGUGGAGCGUGUUCUAUGUGACAGUACUGGCUCUCGCUCUCAUUGUGCUAACAGGGGCUUUAACAUGGCUUUGCAUCUGCUGCUCUAAGAGACGAAAAAGGACAAAAAUAAGGAAGAAAACAAAGUACACCAUCCUGGACGACAUGGAUGACCAGGAAAGAAUGGAGCUGAGGCCCAAAUAUGGAAUCAAGCACCGAAGCACAGAGCACAACUCCAGCCUGAUGGUGUCUGAGUCCGAGUUUGACAGCGACCAGGAUACAAUCUUCAGCCGAGAGAGGAUGGAGCGAGGGAAUCCGAAGGUUUCCAUGAACGGAUCCAUCAGAAACGGAGCUUCCUUCAGCUAUUGCUCAAAGGACAGAUAAUGGAGCGGUUGGUUGUGAAACAGAAGGACGCCUACAGGAAUCCUUUAAUCCCAAGAGUCGGUGGGAGUUACAGACAAAACUCACUCUUGUUAGAAUAGCGUGUUCCCGUCCUUUCACCCUGGGCUGGAGGUGUGUCCCCAUAAUUGCAAAGACGUGUCUUCUUGGGGUUUUCGAGACACAAAACAGAAUGAAAACAAUGCUCUUUUCACUGAGAUGCUUGUUAGUAGGAGUAAAGGUGGGGUAAGACGCUAAGGUAUAUGCUUAAAAGAGGUCUGUGUUUUUGUAGCUAACACAGCAUUAUAGUCCUAUGUUAAGAAAAAGAUGAAUCUGUUUCUAUCUGCAGACCCCUGGGGAAGGUGAGUUCAGUACGGAUGCAGAGAGGACUGACUUCUCUUAGGAGCAGUAAUUGCCUUUAAAGAUGACUUUCCUAGCGUGGUUUCUGUCAUAGGAGUCUUGGAGCCUGAGGUCUGUGUGUAUUAAGCUGAUUUAUCUGCGGUGUGGGUUGCCCUCUGUCCAGCCAGUUUCCUGUGCUAAAGAGACACACGUACAGAGCUGAGGUCUCCUGUUUUUGCUGCUUCGAGACAGCCAGCCACCAUUUCUGUGCUGUUUCUAGCGAGUAGCUCUAGGAAGUUUGAGAGCUCAGUAAGAAUUGUAUUCUGAGGACCAGAAGCAACAGAGAGCGAGGUGGGGUUUGCUGACUUGUGGGUUGAAAAUCGAAGGUAACAUUUUAACAGGUUUCCGAGAAAAAACAAACUAUUGCUGAAGCCUCUCUCAGCUCCAGUUUACAGGAAACAAGAAAAGUGAUUAGUAAUUCAUCAGUGGUUUAUCAUGUGCAAUAGGCCAUGCGUUUGGACCUCCACCAAUAGGAAUAAAGACUCAGAAACUUGGUAAUAUACACGGUCAGGGAUGUGGGCCCCGUGGAUGCAGAAGUGGUAAGGGGGAGGGCUGAGUGUAUUCUCAAACUCUGAAAUACCGCCAGUCUUAAUGAGAAUGGUAUGCUUUUGAUACUCGGCCCCUGUAGUUACUCUUCUUAAUAACUUGACAUAGAUAUCCACUUAAUUUGUUUAAAACUGUAUUUAUUCUGCCAUUUUCUACUAAAUAGCUUAUUUUAAGUGUAUGAAAAAAAGCAUUUCUAAUCACAAAGCCGCAUCCUAGAGCAAGGAAUUACGGUGAACUGUAGCCUGAGAACUCAGCUGGCUGCUGAUCCUUUGCCAUCCACCCUGGUCCUGAGGCUGAUGGCCUGGGCGGUGCCCUUGGCGUUCUUCGUGAAGAGAUCAGCAUGAGAGAUGGGGCCCAUCGCAGAUAGAACCAGGGUUGUGGCGUCAAGCAUGACCACAUUUAAGCAAUAUUCUGUUGCACAAGCUUUUGUCACAGGAGAGGGAAACUGGGAUUGCUUUGCUAUGAUUAAGUGGAGAAGCAAGGCCAUUAAAUCAUGAGGUUUAAAUCAUCAGGACAGGACAAUAGAGAAAACAGUUCCCAUGGGCCACUGAAAAAAAACGAAGCUUUCCAGUGCUGCUGUUCUCGCUGCUAAUAUCCAUCCUCUUGAGACUGUCUUGUUUUUAAUUAUUCUGUUUUCUGGGAAAUGGCAAAGUAAAAAGCAUACAGGUAUGACUUUAUUUUUAAGCAUUUCUUUAUGUGUACACUUUCUGUCUAGCCAGCCAGUUCAGUCCUGUUGAUGGUGUUAAAAGGAAAAUGUGAUGCUUUUUACAUAAAUAUUUAUCUUCAUAAACUUAAAAUCUGCCCUACCCAGUGGCCAGUUAUAUUACCUUUGUGCACAACUGGAAAUUUCUGGCACAGAGGAUGGCAGCCUAAAUAUGAUGUCCGCAGAGCACAGUGAUGGAGAAGAAGUGAUCAUGUGUUAAGUGCUAUCUGUGUACAUAAUAUAUGUAUUUUACAUACUCUAUUCAUCCUUACAAUCAAGCUGGAAAGGUAGCUAUUAUUCUCAUAUUGAACAUAAUAAAGGCCCAGAGAGUUUAAGUAACUUGCUCACGGUCAUGGCCAGUCAGUGGUGGAUAUAGGAAUCGAAUGCAGAUUUUGUAAGAUGCAAGGUCCAUGCCUUCCACCCUCCUCCCCUAUACACAAAGAACUCCCAUGCCCAGUUAUUGGAGGGCAAAUUCUGGUGUGUCUUUUGGACCACUUGGAAGUUUUGUUCCUAGGACCAAGAAUUCCCUCUGUGAAGGGAGCAGAAGGCAAAGGGGGAGAAGACUUCAUCUUUUCUGCGGGAUCAUCCCCGAGGCUGCCCCUCUGGGUGGCUGAGCACUGCUUUUGCCUCUGCUCCCUUUCUGACCCUGUCUCCAGCCCAGUGGGUCUGAUCCUUCUGCCACCAAUGGCUCUUGAAUCUAUGGUGGAUCAAACAUAAACACCACACCAGCAAUCAGAAAGUGAGUCGUCUCUUGUUAUCCCACUUCUCAGCAGAGGAGCCAAGCAUGAGGUGGAAUGCAGCCAGCAUUCCUCACUUGUGCACUUUGCAUCAAGGGCCUUGGGAAGAUGAAGCUCUGCAGGAGCUUAGACGAGCAAAGCAGGGCCCAAGAAUGUGGGAGAGGCCAGUGGUAGGGCUCACAAGAUGACUAUUAGUUGCUGGCUAAAAAAAUCAAUGGCGGAGCAUUCAAACCCACAGUACUAAGAGGUCAAGCCUGUGUAUGACUAAGGAACCUGCUGAAAGAGACAAAGUGAGGUAAGGAGUAAUACCAUGUGGCAUGCCAACACCACCUCCUUUAUGGGCAGAGAGGAGGGGCAGUACCAUUCUUUUCUGUGUGUGACCAAACCAUCAUGGACUUUGGCUGGAGUCUUGGUUUUCUUUACUUUUUUUUUAAAAUGUCUUUUCCCCAUGUAUUGACAAGGUAUCAUUUCUAAUAUAACACUAUUAAAUGUAUGUGCUAAUCUGAAUAAAGGUGUCUGUAUUCUC